AGUCACGCCCAAUUCAGGUCACACCCGGUUCAGGUCACGCCCGCCAGCAGGACAAGCUUAGCCUUGCUAGGAUUUCAUUCGGCGGCCGCUACUAACAUGCGUUUGCAACGCAUGUGGGAGAAAACAGCAACAAGUAAUUCUAGUUUGUGUCGGUUUGCUUAGCUCCACGCCGAACACGUUGCUUUGCGGAUUCAUUCCAAGAAGAGGCGCUCGUUAGCCAUUUUGUUUUUGUUUUAGUUGGCUCGAGCUAGCCAAAUCUCCCCCCAAAAAACCCCGUGUGCUCUUAACUCUGUCCCGCCGUCAUGCCGGAGUUCAUGGACGACCCGUCGUUGCUCACCAAGGAUAAACUGAAGAGCGAGCUGCUGGCCCACAACGUGGAGCUACCGAGCGGCAACCAAGCUAAAGACGUGUACGUGCAGCUUUAUCUGAAGAACUUGACUUCCCGGAACAAGAAGCAUGCCACAACUUUGGAUGCGUUCUCCAGCGACGAUGAGCUUCCUCCGCCUGUUGUCUCCAACAGAAGUAGAUCCUCCGGCAAAAAGGCGCCCCGGAAAACUGACAAAGUCCUGCCGAUUGAGCUGGACGUGACUACACUGACUGACGACGUCCUGAGGGAGGAACUGCUCAAACAUGGAGUACAUGCUGGCCCGAUUGUGGCAUCCACCCGUCAACUGUACGAGAAGAAGCUGCAGAAACUCCUCGAUGAUGGUCCUGCACAGGCGACAAUAACAAAGAUAGUGGUCACGGAGAUCCAAGUCAACCACAACGGCAACUCUGAAUCCGAACUCUACAGCGACAAGGAGGAUGAUGUGAUGGCAGAACCGGAGCCUGAACCAGUUCCCGUGGUGGAGAGGACUGUUAGAAGCAGAGGGAAGACGCCGGUCACAACCCGUACUCGCAGCAGCCAGCACAAGACUGAAGACUGUGGUCCUCCCGAUGACCUGAUGUACGGAAGGAGAUCAGAGAAAAUCACAGACCUCCUGCCGACACGCAACCCCGAGAGGAAUCACAGUAGCGCAUCGCCGCCGUCCAAAGAGACAUUAGUGAGCCAGGUGGAGAAGAUAGCAGCCGGUGACGAAACCCCCAAAGUGGUCGAGAAGGAUGUUCUGAAGGAGCUGUAUCCCAAUGAUAUGAACAGUCCACUAGGAGUCACGGUCACUUGCCGACGACCUAUCCGAGGAGCUUCCGGACGCCCCGUGACCUCCCUCGAUCUCUGGAAUGAUGAAAACUCCUACUUUUCUCCCAAAGCUGCCAGAAGCAUCAGCAACUCCACCUCUUCCUCCUACAUGGAGAGCCGCAUUCUCAACAGAGUCAGUGCCCCUGCAGCCUCCUCCCCCUCCUAUGCCAAUCCCUCGUCCAGCGCCGCCAAGCUCCUGUCUGCGGCGCCCCCUGCUGGUCUCACCAAAGUAGCACGCCCGGGCAUGUCUUGGUGGAAAAAGGUGCUCCUGGUGGCCAUUGGGGCUGCUUUCCUGUUCUUUGUUUACCAAGCAAUGGAAACCAACACCAUCAACCCAUUUUCAGCAGACAACUCGGAGGUGGCGAUUGACAGCAAGGCGUAAAAGUUCACCACGUGUGGCAAAAGGACAGUCUACAGUCGUAAUUCAUUUUUCUGUGAAUCACCAAUAUAGUCUUUUUUUUGGACUAUAAUAUACAAAAGUUUAAAACAGUAGCUAAUUUGACUUUUUUAUUGCAUUAUUGCAUGGUGUGAGUGAAUUUAGUGUCUUAACUAGCAUAGUCAUUAACAGUCUUGAAGAUGGAGUGUGAAACUGUAUUUUUUUUAACCUGUCCGUCUUUAAGGCUUUGUUAUCCAAAUGUUUUAAAUUUUGAGCCUUAUCAAUAUUUUUCUGAAAUGUUUUCCUAUAAUAAAAUGCUAGAUUCUA